AACAGUCGUACCGGAGUUUCCUGCAUCUGUCAGAGGAGGCUUGUCUGUCGUGCGGAGUUGUUUUACCAACACGACGAGAUGCCGCAGUAGCUUCUAGCAAACACACACACACACACACACACACACACACACACACAGUGAUUGGAAAUAAGUGAGUUCAACAUACUGAGACAGAGAAACAGCACAGCCAGACUUUGGUUUGAGACUGUUACCCAGCUGAGAUUCCGGGGACACUGACAGACGAACACUCCCUGACAGACAGAGGCAGCAGAACAAAAGGAUGAGCUCACUGCACAGACAGCUGAGUCAGCUUCUUGCAGUAUGGAGCCGGAAGAGGAGGAUGGAUAUUUCUCUCUACCCAGCCACUUACUUUCACUUCAGGACCAUCUGCUCCACCACUUCAGAACCAGACCCCAUACAGAUCCACAAGAGGAAGCUCUUCCUGUGGUUCAGCCACCUUCCACAGGAGGAGAAACAGUUUGGAAGUUACUUCAGCCCAGAGACCAUGCAUGUGGAUCCACUGAUCCUGGAAAGAAAAGCUGAGGAGAAGGCAGGACUACUCUGCUCCCCUCUCCAAACCGAGGCCCUUUCCAGCCCCUCUGUGACUGUGGAACAGCUGUUUGAGCCCACUGACGCCUGGAGUGAGGGUCGGGGGGUCAAUGUGCUGCUGUACGGCGCUGUGGGAACAGGGAAAAGUACAGUGGUCCGAAAGCUGGUGCUGGACUGGUGCACUGGGACCACCCUGACCCACUUCAAGUUGCUGGUGCCUUUCUCUUGUGAGGACCUCAGCCAAUUGUCAAAGGUGGCUUCCUUGAGGGACCUGGUGAGCAGGAAAUACCUCCAUCUGAGAAAACACCCCCUGCUGAGUGGGGAGGGAAAUCAGGCCAAGGAUGUGCUCUUUCUCUUCAGUGGGAUGGAGAAGAUGAAACUGGACUUCCGGAUUGGAUCCACAGAGCUCUGCAGUGAUCCUAAUGAGGCAAUGCCUCUGGAUGUAGUGGUGGUGAACCUGCUGAGGAAGUACCUCCUGCCUGAGGCCAGCAUCUUGGUUACGACCAGACUGUCUGCCUUGGAUCGUAUCCCUCAGAAGUAUGUCAGUCGCUGUGCACAGAUUUGUGGCUUCAAUGACCCAGAGCGCCAGCGGGCCUACUUCACCAGCCGUCUGUUGCACCAGAGCGGGGAGACUGCACGUGACAAUGAGACCCAGGCUCUUAUAGAGUUGCUUUACCUCAACCUACAGAGAGAAAAACAGCUGGCUGUAGCCUGCUUCCUGCCCUCCUACUGCUGGCUUACAUGUGCUACCUUACACUUUCUACAUUUCACCGACGCCAAGGCACCCAUCCGCACGCUGACUGGCAUAUACACAAGUUUCCUCAGGCUCAACUUCGGGGGUGAGGUGCUGGGCACAGGAACAGGGACAAAUGUGCCCAUUCAGGAGCACAACAAUUCUCUGAUGUUGUAUGUAGUCCGUACAGUUGGUAAACUGGCGUUUGAUGGAGUGAUGGACAAACGAACGUUGUUCUCAGAAAAAGAACUUGAGCAGUGGAUAGGAGGGGAGACCAAGACGGAUGAGGAGUUACGUCAGUUGGCCAUGUUCCGGACUGACGUGCUAGACUUCUUCUUGGCUCCCUGUGUAGAAAGUGGUAACCAUUUACCAGAAGCUCUCUGUGAGAAUGAUCAGAGGCAGUAUGUAUUUGCUGUCCCAGCCAUGCAGGAGUACCUGGCGGCUCUCUAUGUUGUUCUAGGAGAGAACAAAUCGGCUCUAGAGAAGCUGACCAGGCAGGUGUCUGUGGCAAUUGGUCAGGCAAGUGAGGAUGUUAAUGCCCUCUUCAACAUCCUUUCUAAGUUCAUCCCCCUCCGAAUAUUUGCUGUGUUCAACCUCCUCAAGCUUUUUCCAAAGCUAUAUGACAAAAUCAGCAGCCACAACAAAGGCAGCAUAGCCAGAACCAUGGCAGCUGAGAUGUUCCGCACUGAGGAUAGCUACAACGAGGAUGUCCUGGACCAGGUGAAGCAAAGCCUCCUGGGAGUCCAUGGCCCUCAACCGCGGCAGUACAGUGAAGGCCAGCCUUUUGAGCUCUACCCCAUCUUCAUGGGUGGACUGUUGCAUUAUGGUAACCGUGUCCUUCUCCAGCAACUUGGUUGCAGCAUUCAGAGCACCACUGUGGUCCAGAUAACACGUGUCCUUAGGAAGCACCUCGUCAGGGAGCUAAACAAGCCACAGCCACCAGAGGAGCUGAUGGAUCUGCUGGUUCUUCUGUAUGAGUUUCAGAACCCCAGACUAACUGCAGAGGUUCUGGCUUCAAUCAGAACAAUCCGCCUCACCAACAUUCGUAUGACGUCACUCAAAUGCUUCAUAUUGAGUUCAGUGCUCUCAUGCACCCCUGAAAGUUAUCAUCUUGGAGAGCUGGACCUGUCCUCCUGUCUCUUGACUCAUGACAUGCUUCAGAUGCUGUGGCCUGCCUUCAGACACACGCACAACCUCAAUCUGCAGUUUAACAGCCUGGGUUCUGAGUCCUGCAUCCUCCUGAGAGAUCUGCUACUAGACCCCAAGAGUUCUAUCAGAUCUUUACAAUUGUGUGACAACCCUCUGCUGGAGUCUGGAGCUUGCAUCCUGCUGGAGGCUCUGCCGGACAACCAGUCCCUGACGCACCUGUCCCUGAUGCACACUGGGCUGGGGGACCAGGGGGCCCUGGAGCUGGCUCAGAGGCUCCAGCAGCACACAGGGCUCCAGGAGCUCAAUGUUGCCUAUAACAACAUUGGAGACAAUGCUGCUCUGGAUCUGGUGGAUGCCUGCAGGGAACACCCCAGUAUUCACACUGUGCACUUGUAUCUGAACCCACUUAGUGAUGUGGGGAAGCAGUCCCUGUAUGUCCGAGGUGUUCCCAGGAGCCAAGGCGGCAGUGGCCGGCGAGUCAAGGUAUUGGCUUCAGUCACUGAAGGCUCAGACAUCUCUGAGGACUGGCAUCCCAUCCUCCGAGUUAUACGAGAGAACGCCCCAUCGUGGGACCGCCAACGUGUCAAGCAGCAGCUUCAGGUCUUCCUCAGGGAUCUGGAGUGGGGGCGUCGGCAGCAGCAAAGUCUCUGGAAGAGGCUACACUUCCGCAGAGUAGAGAAGGGAGUCCGACAGACUUUGAAGAUGCUGGAGGAGGAUACUCUACCUUCAUCCACAGGAUACAGCAAGUAAUCGAUAAAAAGCAGGAGGUGAAAGGGCAAUGAAUUGUUUUCAGAAGCAUUUAAGGUUUUAAUUUGAGUUUGUCUAUUCAAGAGAACAAUCUGCAACCAGGAGAUACAGUUUCAGUAUUGUAUAGGAGAUGACUUAAUUCAACCAUAUUUAAAAAGAAGCUUAAAGAUGGACCCCCUAGACAGAAAGCUACAUUUUCCCUAACAAGUACCAUCACGUUACUGUAAGGAUUAUGAAACUAUACUGGGUGUUGUGCUCCAGAUGUGGCUGUGUGUAUGAAUAUUCAGCUCACAGUGUGUAAAUUUAUCUAAUGUGGAUGAACACUUUUUAUAAACAAAUAAACAAAAAACUGAGCAAACAAAGUAAAGUGCAAUAAAACACAUAACAAUAGGAAGUAUGUCCAGAUUCAUCAUUUAAUGCAUGUAAAGAAAAGAAGAAACAACAGUGCCAUAAAUAAGAGGCAACCUCUAAUUACUUUUUGGAAUAUUAGAAUAAUAAUAUACUGGGCUUGAAAUGAUAAAUAAAUGAAUGAAGAGUUAUAAAAUAAAAAUGUUACAGUGAAAUAGGAAAAUACUACCAGCAUGCUUUGAGUACUUUCCUCUCAACACUUCAACCGAAGCAGCUAGCUAAGAAGUGUUGUCUCUUUAUUGUAAAAAGCACUUUCUUUCAUGCUGGAUGAAAGUCACAGUCACUGUUUAUGUGUGAAGAGGAAAAGCAGAGGUUGUGAUAUCCUGUCUUGCAGUCUUUAGUAUGGGUCAGUCUCAAAAACACUGAAUCCUACGCUUCCCAAAAUGUUGGCUCUUUUGUUAGACCCUUUCAGGUGGUGUAAGGGCUAGGUCAAACUAGAAAGUGGCACAGAGAAGUUUGUCCACAUGUCCUCGUGGAAUAGGUUGUCUUCCAUUGCUGUUUGUCACAAACCAGAUAAUAAAUUAAAACAGUUAAUCCAAAAAAGGCAUUUGUACCAUCAGCUGCUGUCUCAUAACUGUCCAAACCUUUGUCUAUACUUUGUUGUGGAGUAGUUCAUACUCCACCAGCGCAAUGCAACAGAGCUAAAAGGUUAUGAUAGCUUCCUCUGUUUUGGUCUCUCCUGUCCUCCUUCCCCUCAAAGAUCAGACCUGUCAAGACCGUUUGCUAUUGGUUAGUAGUGCAAAUUCACGUCUCAAAUUGGCUUCCAUCUCCUCGGUAAAACACCUGCUGAUCUGUCCACCAAUCUAUUUCCAUUGAAAUAGAUUGAUUUUGCUGCUGAAAUGUUGAUGUUGAAUGACCAGACCUUAAAAAAGCCUUCUUCUAUGUUCUCAGACUGUACUCAAGCUGAGUAAUACUUCCUGUGGUCAGUGACUGUGAAAUGUAAAUUGAUUGGAGUUCUCCUUUAAUCCAGUCCUACUCUAUUAUUGAAGGUGCCCCAUGCUACCUUUAAGAGGCAGAAAUCAUUGAAUUGGUUGAAUAAGGCCAUUAAGAAAAGAAAUCCAAUCUGAGAGGCCUCUGGAGGAGCAGGAGAGACUUUUCUGUGUUGUAGACAUGAGGUUGGAGCCAGCAUUCCCCUCUCUUUAUUGCAACAGAUAAAUUAUUUGUUCAGUGUGAGAUGAUUGUGAAGUUGUGUUGUGUUCAGCAAUAAUUAGUUUGAGCAUAUCAUUAGUUUUGCAGUGUAAAGUAGACACUGCUGUGCCACUAGUUUUGCAGUGUAAAGCAGCCACUGCUGUGUCUGUUGCUCCUGUGAAGACACCCAACAGACACAGCAAUGGCUGCUUUACACUGCAAGUGUAAAGUGUCAUCAUCACUUUUGGGAAGUAACAUGUUUAGCUGUUGACCGCAGCAGAAACACCUUGUUUGGUCACUGCUUAGGAGUCUGGAGUGUGCUACCACUAAAGUCAUCACAGACUUUAAAAAAUAAAAUUUUAAUUGCCUAAAUUUACACAUUUAUUCCAAUAAAAUGUAAAUUUAAUUAAUAAUUGUAUUAAUUACAUUUGUUCAAGGUGAAAUGAUAAAUAACAGAUCUUUAAAUGUGCAAAUCAAUGGCUGUUUUAUUAGUUACUCUCUCUUUAAAUGAUGAGUUGAUAACUAAAUUUUAAAAUGGAAUUACAUUUUGAUACAACUGAUCCAUUUAUUACUGAUUUAAAAUGUAUCAUUAUAUUCAUUGGUAAAUAUUAAACAGUGAAAAAGUCUGUAAUUCAGUGGCAGACUGGUGCAAGUCACUGAAAAGCAAUUCCAAUGUCACAGCAGUAUUGUACCAUAUCAAAGACUAUCUAGAUUAUCUUUGCAUUGACUGAGUGGUUUAUGUCUUCCACUUCAUUAGCUGACAUCAAAUAAUUCAAAUCAAACUCUAAUAGUCUACCUGUUUAAUGCCGCCCUACUAUUGUUACAAAAUGUUUUAUCUAUGCUUGUGAAGUUUGGAUAACCUGAAUAACCCAUGGGAGCCAGAGAUAAAUAUAAGGUUAUGUUUAAAUGUGCGAAACAAAGCAGAGACAGUGAGCUGACUCAGUUGAUUUGGUCAACAGCCUCUGUAAAGCACAGUCAAGGAACAAUGUGUUAGCAGAGGUUAUACCUUGAGUUUAUUUAUGGUUUGUUAUUAUGGGAUGCACAGAUCUGAUCCACUUGAUCAAUAUCAGCCCUGAUACUGACUUUAUUAAGAAAACCAGGCAUAAUCCAGACGUGACCGUUUCACUUCAUCACUGUAAAGUUUUGUUGUUCUGCCAUCAGCUUCAGUCAUUUAGCCACAGCACACUUCCAAUUCAGUUUUUACCAACACAGCAUUCCCCAGUGUAUGAUAUAGCAGUCAUUUUGUCCCUCUAACAGCAGAAGCCUCCACCUUUUCUCUUCUGUUCACCUGCUGCAAUCAGCCAUUCGGAAAGUGUUAAGCUACUGCUGAUACUAAUUCAUCAUUUCCUGCCGGUGCUUUACAAUAAAUGCAUUUCAAUGUGAAGGCAGUAGUAGACCUUUAACCGCUGUGAAACAUGUUGACAAUGUGUUAUCAAUAUGUGAGCAAGCGUUAGACAUAUUUUAAAUGUGGGAAAAAAGAGAUUAUUAUUUUGGGAUCAGUUCAGACAGAAAAAUUCUGAAUGGUGAAUCCAAAAUAUCUUCCAGUUUUCUGCCUGCCAUGUUAUUUGGAGCAAUAUGCAGUCACAUCUAUGCAAAGCUAUAUUGAUAAUAUCUGAAAUGUACAUAAUUGUUUUUCUAUGGACAGGUUUAUUUCAACAAAUAAAAUAUGUUUGCUGUGUCUGCAUUCAAGUGUGAUCUGUCUCUGUUGUUCAUUCACUGCCAAGAGAUUUGUCUUUCUCUGCUUCUCAGCUGCCUUAUUUUAACGCGCUGU